UUUAGUUCUCAACAACAAUUGGAUUUACAUGAGCGCUCACAUGAACCGUAUAUUCGUUAUGAAUGUCCCAAUUGCAAAAAACUGUUCAAAAAAGAAAUAAAAUUAUUUAAACAUUGGGAAUCACACACCGAUAGACGAAGAUUCAGGUGCAAUAUAUGUGAAAAAAAUUGUUUAUUAUUUAGCACUUUAAGGAAACAUCUGAAAAAACGUCAUGAUCAGACUGAUUUUUCAAAUUACAUUCGUUAUGAGCUAAGUUUACCACAGCAUUACAAAAAAGUAUUAGUAACUGAUGAUGCUGAUGAUUCAUCUGAUGAUAAGUGGAGUCAUUAUUCAAAAAAGUAUGAAGAAUUCGUAGCCGCUACACCGUAUGCUUGUCAAUACUGUUCAAACCGCUUUACUCAUCAAGAUCAAUUAGAUAUACAUGAGCGCGGACAUCAACAUCCAACCGCUAUAGAUAAUGAGUUGAAUCAAAGUAGUAAGCCUGAAGAAUCAAGUGCUUUACAGUAUUGCUGUCAAUACUGUACAGAACAAUUUAGUUCUCGAGAGCAAUUAGUUCGACAUGAGCCCACACAUGACCCAUACAUUCGGUAUCAAUGUCCCAUAUGCAAUAAGUUGUUCAAAGAAGAAGAAAACUUAUUCAAACAUCAUACAUUACACGGCAUUAAACGAGAAUACAUGUGCAGUAUAUGUCAUAAAAAAUUUAAUUCAGUCUACAUUUUAAAUCAUCAUCUGAAAAUGCAUCAUAAUCGAAUUGAUUAUAAUAAUUGUACUCGUUAUGAACGAAAUAUACCAAAAAAUUAUAAUAUAGUACUAGUCUCUAGUGAUUCAUCUGAUUCAAUAGAACCCACUAAAAAGGACACGAAUUCGCCCAUUUUUGAGGUUCCAAACAUACAAUCUUCUGACAAUUUACAUAGUAAGCCUGACGAAUCAAAAAUUUUACAGUAUUGUUGUCCAUUGUGUACAGAACAAUUUAAUACUCAAGAGCAAUUUGAUCUACAUGAGCGCACACAUGAACCAUACAUUCGAUAUCAAUGUCCCGAAUGCAAUAAGCUGUUCAAAAAAAAAUCAUACUUAUCAAAACAUUAUGCAUCACACAUUGGUAAACGAAAAUAUGCGUGUAAUAUAUGUGAUGGAAGAUUUUCAUAUUUAAACAAUUUAAAGUUCCAUAUGUAUAAACGUCAUGACUUAAUUAAAUAUGCGAAGAGGAGUCGAUAUAUAUCAGGUAAAUUAAAAUAUUACACUAAAGUACUACUCAUUAAUGAUUCUAAUGAUUUAUCUGAACAUAUGACUUAAUCAAUAAACUAAUGUGUUGUUAUGUUGUAACGCUCAUCUAAAAUAUAUAUAAGUUAAUAAAAGAAAAUAAUUUUAA